GAAAAAAAAAAGAGAUAAGCAUUAAAAAUUCAUGUAUGGCAAGCUCCAGACUGCAUCAUUUAUCAAACUGAUACAGACAACCUAAUCUCGUUUUAAAAUUUCACUCAAUUUUACAUUCAUCCGAUUUUAGCAUCAGCUUCAACAUAAAUUUAACAGGAUAUAUGGAAAACGAACCAGUUAAUGUGAACGAAUUUAAAGAAUUGGCUCGUCGGGCCCUUCCGAAGAUGUACUAUGAUUUUUACGCCGCAGGAGCAGAAGAUGAGCACACAUUAAAGGAAAAUGUCAAAGCGUUCUCUAGAAUUAGCAUCCGUCCUCGGAUUCUUGUAGAUGUAAGCCAUGUUGAUCUUUCAACAACUAUCUUGGGCCAUCACAUCUCCGCGCCGAUAAUGGUUGCUCCAACCUCCUAUCAUAAGCUGGCACACCCUGAAGGAGAAAUAGCUACUGCUAAAGCUGCUGCUGCUUGCAAUACGAUUAUGGUGCUUUCCUUUAGUUCUAACUCAACCUUGGAAGAGGUUGCUGCUUCGUGUACUGCUGUACGGUUCUUUCAAUUAUACGUAUUUAAAAAUAGAGAAGUGUCAGCUUGGCUAGUACAGAGAGCUGAAAGAAGCGGAUACAAGGCUAUUGUGGUAACUGUUGACACUCCCAAACUUGGUCGAAGGGAGGUAGAUAUAAAGAACAAAAUGAUUGCACCACAGGUGAAGAAUUUGGAGGGUUUUAUGUCGACUGAAGUUGUCACGGACGAGGGCUCAGGUCCGGAAGCUUUUGCGAAAAGUUAUUAUGAUGCUUCUUUUUCUUGGAAGGAUAUCAAUUGGCUGAAAUCUAUUACAAAACUGCCAAUCUUGAUUAAGGGUGUACUCACUCAUGAAGAUGCAACAAAAGCAGCAGAAGCUGGAGUUGGUGGAAUCAUAGUUUCAAAUCAUGGGGCUCGACAGCUUGAUUAUGCUCCAGCCACAAUUACUGUGCUUGAAGAGGUGGUGCAUGCUGUUGGAAGUAGGAUUCCUAUUUUCCUUGACGGAGGAGUCCGAAGGGGAACAAACGUUUUCAAGGCUUUGGCACUUGGUGCACAAGCUGUUUUUAUUGGAAGACCUGUAAUAUAUGGUUUGGCGGCCAAAGGAGGAAAUGGUGUGAAACAAGUAAUUACUAUGUUGAAAGAUGAAUUGGAGCUCAGUCUUGCCCUUGCCGGCUGCACAAGCAUAAAGGAUAUCACCAGGAACCAUGUCAGAACUGAGCUUGAAAGACUUCGAUCCCUUCUCUAAGAGUAUCGACGUGUUUGUUCGUCAACUGGAAAAUCUCAAAUCCAUUUUGAUGGAGAAUUUCUGGAUAUGUUGAGGAAUAUAUAUGUUGAAUCAUCUUGGUUAGACAUAUAUGAGUACAUUUCAGUAUACAAGAAACCCGCAGGCUGCAGCUUGGUGUAUCAAGUAGAAAUCAUUCUAGUUUAUGUAUGUAUAUAUACACGUAUUUCUAAAUAGCAAUAUUGUGUUCAGGCA